GCUCAUUUUGACAAGUGAAUGGGGAUAUUAUUGUUUGAUAAAUGUUAACCAUGGUGGCUUAGGCUGUCACAGCUCCUCUGUUUUUUUUUUUGAAUGGGAUAGAAACCAUGUGAGGCAUUCUUGUAUUUCAAUGGAGAGGCCAAAACUGAAACAGGACAAAGAAAAAGCUGCUAAAACCGUUCGGUUCAGAGUAGCAUCUGCCAACAGUGGCCGGGUCCUGACAGAGGUGUUCAAGGAUGAAACAACCUGGAGCGGCUCAGUGUCGGACUCAGUGGACUCUGACUGCACCAGCAGUCCAGAGACAGAACGGGUGAGCUCAACGCCUGCCAGUGAGGCCAACAGUCACCUGAACGGUCUGAUGGUGGGGUCUGCUCUGGAGGAGAACAGCGGCGAACCUGAUGACCUGCUUCUGUACGCCAGUGCCAAGAGAGAGAUGCUCUUCAGCAACAAGAGGAUCAAUAUCUGCAGCAAGAAUGGGACCAUACGAGGAGUGAGAAACAAAGUGAGCGCAGGCCAAGUUCUCUUCAACAACCUCUCCAACAUGUACUCAGUAAGUAGAUCUGGCGUCUAUGUGAACUCAUUACCUUUAUUCACCAGAUUUUCUAUUCACUAAGGAGCACAGGGGGUGUUUUUGUUAAAUUUUAUCUUUUGGAAAUGUCUUUUUUCAAGUUAAAGUAUAUUUUUCCAGCACCAACAAUUAAAAAUGAAGAGGCAGCGUACAAGUUACUAAAGAGAAAUACAUCAAAGGACUCAAAAAUUUAGGAAAAAUUAAGUAUUAACACAUUUGAGCUGAUUAAUCUUGAGCCAAUCAAAUAAGAGCCACACUGAACCUAGAUAGAUAACAUAUGCACCAGAGGCAAUAUUGUACAACUAAGUUAAGUACACUUUUAUGUAUUAGUCUUUUAAAAACACAAGUUUGCCAUUUAUAUCCAAAUCUGGCCUAUGUGAGCAGAAAGUUCUUGACACUUUAACCUGAAAAUCUGGAUAAUUUCUUCCUGUGUCACAUUUAAGGUCAUUUGACAAUCAUCCAAAAUGGAUAUCAGAUAUGAUGUAUCACAAAAAGUUAAACCACACAGUGCAUCGUACAACAGCUAUAGAAGUGGACAGCUCUUUCAAAUUCUUGCCAAAUAUCUUCUUCCAGAUGGUAUUAAUGUUUAUUCUCUUUGUAUUUCAGGGUUCCCUUCGUCAUCAGAAAAGGAGGCCGUGGGAAAAGGAGUGAGCAGUCUGCAGCAGUGUCACACUAUUUGGUUAAAUGGAAGAAACAGUCUGACUGAAGAUGAUCUCAAAGUUGACACAAAUCAGGACUCAUUUAGAUUCAGACAUUUAAAAAAAUGUGAAAAACACUCAUCAGUGGCUGUAUUUAUCGCAUAUCACCACUUCUGAAAAUAUACAAACCUGCUCCAGUAAUUCCUUUGACUGUUAAAGACUUGUAAUAGAUGUAUUUUAAAGUCACUGUGGCUUUACCCAAAGUUCAAUGUUUUUGAUAUUUGGAGGAGACUGUUCAUUAUAAAAAGCUGGAUUAUGUGAAUAUCAAUGUUUUUUUUAUAUUGAUUUUGUAUUAAUAUUCAUAAUGCAGACUAAGUGUGCUUCUAUUUAUCUGUAU